UUAUCGUUUUAAUGGGGGAUGAAUAAAAUUGUGAUCUUAGCUUUUAUAAUGAUAAUGCAUUUGCCACAAUAUAGAGAUCAGUAGGGUUCAAGCCGCAGCGGGCAGUGGUUGUGCGCGUCAAUCAAGUUUUUUUGUGUUGUGAAUAUUUUUUAGGAUUUUUGUGAAAUGAAGUGGGUAGCGGUGGCCAGCUUUUUCGUAUGCUUCGCAACCUUAAGUAGAGGAAGUGCACCCAGUUGUGAAACUGGAUCUGACGAUGCACGCUGCUUAUCAGAAAAUACGGAAAAAGUUCCGAAUUCAACAGAGUCUUCCAGUAUUGUUAGAGAGAGAAAAAAGGAGGGCUGGGCGGAGUGCUUAGCCGGGAGUGAGUGGGAGAGCAAGUGUCACAAAUGCAGGUGUUCUGAAGAUGGCCACGCAGAAUGCACCAGGAUGGAAGUUUGCGCGAAAGGCGACUAUGGAGACCCCAUCAGGUGUAAGCCGAGGACAUCUUUCAAGGUGGACUGCAACACCUGCUCCUGCACUGAGACCGGUCAAACUGCCUGUACAUUGAUCGGAUGCUUGUCAGGAUUACCACUAUUACCUACUCUACCAGAUUUAGAAGCUCGACCAGAAUUACCAGCUCUAAGUGAUUUACCAGCUAGACCAGAUUUGCCGGCUAGAACAGAAUUACCAGGUGUAAGAGAGUUUCCAGCUCUAAGAGAGAUACCAGCAUUACCAGAUUUACCGGCUCGACCAGAAUUACCAGCUCUACCAGCGUCAAACACUACACAGUUAGCAUGGACGGGUAAAAGGAAAAUGUGUUUGCCGGGGUCAACGUGGAAGUCAAGGUGCAAUAGCUGCUUCUGCACUGAAGAUGGGUUACCGGCCUGCACGGAAAUGGCUUGCAUGGACCGGGAGGAAGAGCCAGAGCGAAGUUGUGCCCCGGGAUCGAGGUGGAAGAACGAUUGCAACAGGUGCUGGUGCGACAGUGGCUACGCCGCGUGCACUAGGAUGGGAUGCGAUAUAGCUAUCAUAACAAACUUUAAUCCGGUUGGUGCUCACAGUAGUUCAGAACAAGUUCAACCGGAAAACAACCAAGACUCCAGCACUCAUGGUCACAGAGAAAUAAGAAGAGCAGCCAUAUGUAAACCGAAUGCAGCAUUCAAAGUGUACUGUAACGAUUGUGAAUGUGCAGCGGACGGACAGAGCUACACGUGCACUAACUAUGAAUGCAUGGAACGAGAUGUGAAUGAUGAUGUCGAAGUUUUUAUGGAGAGCGAGGGGGCAGAUCAUAUAGAACGCCAUUCGGUAUGCAAACCUCGUGGGAUCUUCUACAUCGGCUGCAAUACGUGCCAUUGCAGUGCAGAUGGAAUGGAUUUCUCUUGCACCAACAAACCGUGCCCGUUGCCUAAGGACGUCGAAAUUUUUCACGAAUUGAGGGACCUGCAACCGAUAACUAUAAGAUCAGCUACAACCGAGAAAGACGUGGUAUGUACCGCUAACCGCAUGUUCAUCAAAGAUUGCAAUACAUGCUGGUGUAAUGAAGAUGGUACUAGCUAUUUUUGCACCAGGAAAGUCUGCAUCACUGAGUUACCUGAUGAGAUCAUUGAAGAACAACCCGAGAAUCUGCAGGAAAUAAAGCGGAAGUGUAGACCGGAUGAAGUUUUUGAACUGGAUUGUAAUAUGUGCCGUUGCAACCCUGACGGAUUGGGUUUUUCUUGUACACGAAGGGCUUGUGUGCCAGAGGAAAAGGCAAAGCAACUAUCAGUAAGCAGGAAGAUUCGUGCGACUGCGCAGGGGACGCCGAAAACGUGCCAACCAGGCACUGAGUUCCGAAUGGACUGCAACAAGUGCCUCUGCGACAACGAGGGACAAGACUACUCCUGCACACGGAUUGACUGCGCAGCGCUCAAUGGCAAUGGCAAUGGUGCAGUGAGGAGGAAACGAGCAACGGCGCAAGUGCAGACCCAGUGCGUGCCAGAGAGCGUGUUCAACCAGGACUGCAACGUGUGUCGGUGUGAGGCAGAUGGGAACCAUGCGACUUGUUCCAUCAAACGCUGCAAAGAAGACAACCCUGAUGAGGAUGAUUCAUCAGACUCAGACCUCAGCUUCCGCUGCAAUCCGGGCGAGCAGUUCAAGAGAGGCUGCAACGACUGCACCUGCUCAGCUGACGGCAAAAGUGUGUUCUGUACGAUACGCCUCUGCGACCAAGACAUCACGCCGACAACUAUUACCUACAAACGCUAUUAUUCAAAUGGGUUUACUUAUUUAAUCAAUCAUUUAAACAUGAGCUUGAAAUUGAUUGGUUUUCUUUUUUUUCUUUCCCUGUUUACUGUAAAAUCUCUAUUAGUGAAACCGCAGGAGUUUUGCGUGCCAACCCACAUAGUCAAGGGGCCAUGUCAUAAGUGCAUCUGCAACGCUGAUGGUAUGUUCGUUUGCGAUGCUACGCCGUGCCCGAAGGCUGUAGUAAACUUCAACCAAUCAAGCAGGGAUGAAUGUCAACGUUAUGUCACCUACAGAUUCGAAGACCUAUAUUGCGGUUGCAAUUAUGAGGGGAAGUGGAUGUCACUUAACUGCAGGGAGACAUUCCAAUAUCUCCGAUCAGAAAAAUCUGGUGCCAAGCGCAAUUUAAGAUCCAACGUCACCAUCACUUCAACCAAUCAUCAAAUUGAUCAUGAUGAUUUAACAGAAAUAGAAUAUGGCCAAAGUUGUAUCCCAGGCAAGCUGUACAAAAUGUCAUGUAACACAUGCCAGUGUGGGCAGAAAAACUCGCUUCUCUGCACAAAAGUGGCUUGUUUUGAAAACGCCUUGUUUAAAAAAACAAUACAAGCAAAGAAAGAUGAACACAACACGGAAAAGAAAAAGAUAGGUGUAAAGGCAGUGGGAAAUGACAUCCUUCGAACAGGAUUACAUGGCAGAGAGCAGAAAAAGCUUUUAAAUAAAAGCUACCCUGAAUUACCGAAAGGGAAAUGUGAACCUGGCAUGACAUAUAGAAAUGGGUGUAAGAAAUGCUUUUGCAAUGAGAAGAAGAUAGCUAUAUGUACACGUACUUGUAGCGGUGGGUUUCCCAGCCGUUUCAAUGACAAAGAAAUCUCAGAAAUGGAGACGCGAUCCGUCCUCGAUCUCCCAGAGUUACCUCACAUGGGCGCCAAGUGUGAGCCAGGCAGGACUUACUACGUGGUCUGCAAUAUCUGCUUCUGCUCGCAUAAACAAGACCUGUACUGUUCGGCGAAGUAUUGCGUGAACAUUCCCACUUAUACUGAUGUUCUUUCAAAGGAGCUUACAGGACGUCCAUGUAAAAAGGACUUCAGACUGUUGUGUAGCGACUGCAAAUGCGUGAAUCUUAAGAACCAGUGUAAAUCAAUACCCAACUGUGGUAAGAACCUGACGGGGAAGCAACUCCUGACUGCGGCAGUCGGUCCGAAGGUUAAACUGACGCUUGAUAUCACGAAGGAGAAGUGUAAACCAAAUGUCUCUUACAGGCUGCAUUGCAACGAUUGCUUCUGCCAGCCUGACGGCAGUUUGAGGUGUACACAGAAGAUCUGCCUCACUUAUUCACAAACCAAGGACUUGCAGGAGAAACAAACUUAUUUGGAGAGACACGGUCUUUGAGGUACUUAAUAUGAAAAAUAAGAAGCACAUUCAAGAUUUUUGCUAUAGUUAUCAUUGGUACUUGAUUAAUAAAACGUGCAGAUUUAACGAU